UAGCUUGUUCCACCUUGUGAAGCAGUUACUGUCCUGCUACUGAAUCGAAAUCUAACAGAAGCCAACACCUGAUUAGCAGAGCGAUGCCUUCUCUUAGAGACGUUUAUGAACAUGGCUUGGAUUUCAUUGAGUUCUUGGGGGAAAGAAAAACAAAAACGGACAAAAACGAGCUUCGAAACAUUUACAACUUAGAGUUCAAAAGGGAAGGAGGACCUAAUUUUUCUAGGUUGGUUUAUGCCUUGCUGUUUUUCAACAAAGCCAGUAUAAGGCAAGGAAAAGUUAUUCUGCAUGCAAAACCUCAGGUACGUAUGUACUACUGUGACCAGUGGAGAUCCAGGACACACUCAUCGCCUUCAGUAAGCUUGAGACCUGAUCAUGCACACAGCACAGUUCCAGACUCUAGGCAAGGUUCCCCUCGGUCAUCACCCAGUGUCAACCCCGUCCUCACGCCAAAAAGGCGGCUGGCUCAGGAUAUCCUUCAAAAGCUCAAGGCAAACAGACCUCAGCUUAUCUCUGACAAGGGAGGCAUCGAGAUUACAUCUUCCCCUGUGAGCAGAAAUGGAAAAGUUGUCCUCGAUAUCGAUCUUCUAGAAACAGUGCAUGUGGUGAAAUUCCAAAUUGUAAACAAAGGGAAAAAGUGCAUUUACUUCACCUUCUACACAGCGCUGCACAGGAUACGUUGCUUCACUUUAGUCUGUGAGAGGAGAGUGAGCAGGGUUUCCCCUCUGCUCCUUUGUCCAGGUGAGAGCUAUGCAGUUGAGGUGAAGUACCAAGCUCGCCACUAUGGCUACUUCCCUGCCACCAUGUACUUUGAGUUCUGUCACGAGUCCGCGUCUUCAGACCCUCCUAAACCUUUCUGCAUUGUGAGGGAGAUUGAGGCAGUGGUGCACACUAAGCUGGGCACUGAGCUGGGCCCAACCAGUCAGUAUAGAGCCAAACAGAAAGGGCAGAAACGCCCUAAGGAGAGAGUGGUGGAGGAAGGAGUGCCUCCUGAGAGCAGCAUGAAACAUCCUUUAAAACAGGCCGUAACACUGCCAGUCUACAAGUAUUCAGCUUACCUGAAGAACUUGGUCCAGCACUGGGAUGCUGAUAUCGAGAAACUUUCCCCUACAGCCAGGCAGCAACUUCUCAGAGUGAGAGGUGUGUUGGAGUCACCCCUGUCUAUAAAGCAGUAUGCUGAACAUUUUCACCUUCUUCUACACCUAGAGGAGAUUCAAAUGGAAGAGGAUAUAAAGAAGUAUGAUCUAUAUGACCAGACCUUGAAACAGGACAAAACUAACAAAAGCCUACUAGUACUACAGGUACCUGGUGUGGCAGAGAACAGGCCGUCUGUGCUAAGAGGAGAUAGCUUGAGUGUGUAUUUGUCUAAAGAAAAGAAACAACCUAUCACUGUAUAUAAAGGCUAUGUUCAUCGUGUGGAGCUGGAAAGUGUUAAGCUGGGAUUUUCUAAAAAGCUUGUACAGAAGUUCAUUGCCAAUAUGAAGUUCAAUGUGGAGUUCAGCUUCAAUCGUUUCCCACUUAAACUCCAACAUCGAGCUGUAGAGCUGGCUGCAAAACACAGUCUGGGAGAUGUGUUGUUUCCCACUCACAAUGGAGUCGAGAAUCCAGGAUUGCCAAAGCUGAGGAUGUACAACCGAGAUCUGGAGACUAACCCUGAGCAGAAGGUGGCUGUGCAGCACAUAUUGUCUGGCCAGUAUAAACCUGCUCCCUACCUGAUUUUUGGCCCACCUGGCACAGGAAAAACUGUUACUCUGGUGGAAGCCAUAAAACAGGUGAAUAAAUCUAGUGCUGAUGUCCACGUUCUGGCCUGCGCUCCUUCUAAUAGUGCAUGUGAUCUGCUGUGUGAGAGGUUGCUGGGGUUCGUGGAUAGCCAUCGUCUAUUUCGUCUCUAUGCCAGCAGUAGAGACCCCUGUACUGUGCCACGGAAACUACUGAAAUGCAGUAACUGGGAUGAAAGUCAGGACAGUUUCAUCCUGCCUUUAAAAAAAACUCUGAUGGACUACAACGUCAUUGUGGUCACGCUCAUCACUGCCGGAAGGCUUGUAUCUGGUGGCAUUCCAGUGGGCCACUUUACACACAUCUUUAUAGAUGAAGCUGGACAAGCCGUGGAACCUGAGUGUGUUGUCGGAAUUGCAGGUCUUCUCCAUCCCGAGAAGGGCCAACUGGUUUUGGCUGGAGACCCUAAGCAGCUUGGCUCUGUCCUUAGAUCUCCACUGGCACAACAAAACGGACUGGGGCUUUCACUGUUGGAGAGAUUGAUGACCCAAAACUCCCUCUAUCAGAAGAACCAAGAUGGAUGCCAGGGUUAUAACAGUUGCUUUGUCACCAAGUUACUACGUAACUAUAGAUCUCAUCCUGCCAUUCUGAAAAUACCUAAUGAACUUUUCUAUGAAAAUGAGCUGCAAGUAUUUGCAAAUCAGAUGGAGCGAGAGGCUUUCUGCCAGUGGAAACACCUUAAAAAACAGGGCUUCCCAGUGAUAUUCCAUGGGGUGAUGGGAAAAGAUGAGAGAGAAGCAAACAGUCCAUCCUUUUUCAAUGUGAGCGAGAUAGAGGUCCUCAUCGGCUACCUCAAAAAGCUCCAGCUAAGUCAGGGGAAGAAGGGUCUGCCAAAACUCAGUGCCAGUGACAUUGGCAUCAUUGCUCCCUAUAGGAAGCAAGUGGAGAAAAUGCAGAAAGCUCUCAGAACAGUAAGAGAACUACAUCAGUGGAAAGACAUCAAGGUGGGCUCAGUGGAGGAGUUCCAGGGGCAGGAGAAAAUGGUGAUCUUGGUGUCUGCUGUCAGAAGCAGCAACAGCUAUGUCAAGAUGGACCAAGACUUUAACAUUGGAUUCCUUACGAAUGAGAAGAGAUUUAAUGUAGCCAUGACCAGAGCCAAAGCUCUGCUCAUUGUGGUAGGAAACCCUGUCAUCCUGUCGAAGAAUCCCACCUGGCAGAGGUUUCUUCAGUACUGUGAGCAAGAGCAGGGCUACAUCGGAUUUGACUACAAGGACUUUGAGGGGGAGGAUGAUGUGGCGACUCGGCUAGCAUCUUUAAAAAUCCACAACUCCGCUGAUGAAAUGGAAGAGAGUGCGGUGCAACAGCAUGUGCAUCCAGAGUGGAGGAGUGAACAGUAAAAAAUUCCCAGAGAUCAACCUUCAGACUUCAGUGAGGAACUGAGAGCUGACCAUUGCAGCACCUUCUAAAACUGCUGUGACGACAAAUCGAGCAGAGCAAAACUUUCAGUUGUUAACACCAAUUAUAUAAUUCUUGUAAUACUACUUGAAAUAUAUCUUGAUGCUCUUAUGUGAAAUACUUUUGCAUUAUUUUCCUACUAUACUUUUCCUAUUUCAACUAAGGUACCAUAAAUUUUAAAAUAAUCACAGAUCAUGUUCCAAGAUUAAACAGUUUCUGCUUUCAUGAUUUCUUUAUGCUAAUUCUAGAUCAAAUCUUUGACUUUUGCAAUAUCUUUAUAUGGCUAUAGCCUGUGUAAUUGUUCUUUUUAGUCAAUGUUAGAUUGGGCUUUCUAAGUUUGUUUGUUUAGUUAAUAGAAUAUAGGCUGCAAUAUUUAAUCUUUUCUUGUCCAUUACAGACACUACUUGCAUUUUCUAAGGAAAAAAACAAUGAUCCAGAAUGAGGGAAAUUUCUUUUAAUUAAAAUCGUCUGCGCUUAACAAAGAACAUUCUGUUAGCACAUCACGUUCUUACUGGAGUUGGGCGAUAAAUGCAAUAAAACACUUAUUUUACAUAAA